GAAACCACUUCUGUUUAGUAAUAAGUAAUAAGUCGCCGCUUUGCUUCUUACGAUGACUGCAAUCCUCGUCAAUGGUCUUAUGCAGGUAACUUUUCACUAUAUUGGCUACAAUGAGUCCGGAAGACGUAUUGAUAGCACCUAUUUACAAGGUUCUCCCGCUAAAAUCCGUAUGGGCACCAAUGGUUUAGUUCCAGGAUUCGAGCAGGGAAUACAAGAUAUGAGACCCGGGGGAAAGAGGAGAAUCAUUAUUCCUCCAGAACUUGGACCACCAGUGGGACCUUCCACGUUCUUUAGCUCAAGCAGUUUGAAUUUUGAUGUCGAAUUGUUGAGCAUCAAGGAUUGCCAAAGGAGGACCAUAGGUUUCUACUCCGAUGUGGUGUGCACUUGAAUGGAGGCAUUGUGUGUGCAGCCUUGUGGUUUCUUUAUUUAGUCUUCCUGCAGAACAGAUCAGGAAUUGAGCAUGUGCUAUCUGAUCCUUUGUGCUCUCAUCAAGAGUGCUAGCGGACCAUCCGCUUCCAUGAACAAGAAGAUUGUUUACUGGGCAUCCUAUUUUGAUUUGCAGGAUGAUCUUAAUUGGAAAGUUGAGACUAAACAGAACACAACAGCUGACAGCUGUAAUUGGUAAAAGCAUGGUUAAGGAAAUAGGUUAAUUUUAAAACAUUGCCCUUUUCCCUCUCUCUGGACUGGAAGAAAUAGCUUACGGUAAUGCUGAAAAUAUGACCAUCGAUGAAACUUUGUCGAGCUUUUGCUUUUGUAUUAAACAGAUUUUGUUUAGUUUUCAUUUUAGGCAUCCUGUAGGGCUUCAGAUAUCAAACAUAUUCUGACAAGAAGCAUCAAAACGAGUGGUCUCUACCAUUUACAG